ACGGGCGAGUCUAUUUCGGAAAAUGGUUGGGCUCUCCGAUAUAAGCUGGUGGCGAGAGAGAAGCGCUCAUUCAAGCUCGUAUACAGCGCGAUCACAAGCCUGAGUCACGCUACAGAUACCAGCACAGCAUAGUCGUCCAGGUGUACCAUAAGUCAAGAUGGCUGACAGUACCUCGAAGACAAAGAAGAAAGUGGUGCUUGCAUACAGCGGGGGUCUAGACACCUCCUGCAUCCUAGCCUGGCUGAUAGAGGAGGGCUACGAGGUCAUCGCAUACUUGGCCAACAUAGGACAGGAAGAGGACUAUGAAGCUGUGAAAGCUAAAGCCAUCAAGUUUGGAGCUUCAAAGAUGAUAGUUCCUGACCUACAGAAGGAGUUUGUAGAGGAGUUUAUCUGGCCAGCUGUAAGAUCUAAUGCUCUCUACGAGGACCGAUACCUGCUGGGUACAGCCUUAGCUCGGCCUCUGAUAGCCCGUGCUAUGGUGAAGAUUGCCCAAGAGGAGAAUGCCCAAUUUGUCGCCCAUGGAGCGACUGGAAAAGGGAACGACCAGAUUAGGUUUGAGCUGGGAGCCUACGCACUUCACCCCAGCAUUCAGGUGAUAUCUCCAUGGCGACUGCCUGAGUUUUACAAGAGGUUCACUGGGAGGAAGGACCUGUUUGAAUAUGCAGAGCAAAAAGGGAUCCCAUUACCUGUGACACCCAAGUCCCCCUGGAGUAUGGAUGCCAACAUGAUGCACAUAAGCUAUGAGUCGGGCGUCCUGGAGGACCCGAACCACCAUGCACCAGCCGAUCUCUUCCACAUGACUGUACUUCCAGAGAAGGCGCCGGACAAGGCCGAAUGUCUGGACAUUGAGUUUAAAGCAGGUGUGCCAGUGAGAGUGAAGAACUUGGAGGAUGGGACAGAGAAAAACACACCUUAUGAUCUUUUCGUGUACCUCAACAAGGUCGGGGGCAAGCAUGCUAUUGGCCAAGUCGACCUGGUGGAGAACAGAUUCAUUGGCAUGAAGUCAAGAGGUAUCUAUGAGACACCUGGAGGCACCAUCCUGCUGGCAGCUCACAUGGACAUUGAGGUCUUCACCAUGGACCGGGAGGUUCGGAGGGUCAAGCGGGACUUGGAUGUCAAGUUUGCUGAGCAGGUCUAUAGAGGCUUCUGGUUCAGCCCUGAAUGCGAGUUCACUCGCUUCUGCAUCGCCAAGAGCCAGGAGCAUGUUGAUGGAACAGUCACAGUGAAGCUGUACAAGGGGGCUGUGCACAUCCUGGGGCGUACUUCCCCUCUCUCACUUUACAAUGAGGAACUUGUCAGCAUGAAUGUCCAGGGCGAUUACGAGCCAACGGAUGCAGGGGGCUUCAUCAAGAUCAACGCUCUCCGGUUGCAGGAGUACUGCCGUCUGCGACAGAAGGUGGCGGAUCAGAAGAAGUAGACAAGUGUCAGUCCUGGGUGUCUCAGUGGCGUAGCUAUUAGAAACUUUAGAACUGCCUUUAUCAGGAGACACUUGUUGCCGCCUGUCAGAACUCUACACAUUGUGUAGGAUAAGGACUCUUGGUCCCACAUUAUGGUAAUCACAACUCUGUUGGUCAAAUCAUUUACCCAAAGUAAACAUUUUGGCGUUUGCUCAUGCUUGUACCAUUCAACUGGUAGUGUGGCGUUCUGGCUCACUCUAGCAAUGACACAUCUCAUCUGUAGGGUAGUUUCAACAUAGCUAGGUUGAAUACCAUUUGCAUGUGAGCCAUGACAAUACUGUGGCAUGUCUUGGUUCUGGGUACUUACUGCUGGGCUGUCAACUCAAACAUUUGGUUUAUGUUUUAGUGGAAUGUAGCAAUAUGAAGUUCUAUUUUCAGGUAAUUUUUAACACAUUUCAUGGCAGUUAUUAUUUUUAUAUUGUAUGACUGUUGAAUUUAUAUUAUUAUUGUUGUAUGGUUAUGGCUUCAGAGUUUGAGCCCUUACCUCUGGUUCAUAAUUCAUAAUUAUAUGAAAGACGUUUUACUUGACUGAAAUCCUGAACAUGUAAAUGUUGACAAGUUCAUGUGAAGAAACACUUCAAACCUUUAAUCGGUUGCGAUUUGAAGAAAACACGUAUUUGUAUGUCAAUCAAUGGGUUUUCUUUGCCAAUAACAAGAAUAUUUUUUGUUAUAUUUUGUUCCAAUAAACAGAUAUAAAAUUCUA